AUGUCGGAGAAAAAGAUUCUCGUUCUUGGCAGCGGCAUGGUUGCAAAGCCAUGUGUCGACUACCUCCUUCGAGACAAAAAGAACAGUCUCACAGUCGCUUGUCGUACCCUCUCAACCGCGGAAAAUCUGGCUGAGGGGCGCCCCCGUGCCAAGGCGAUCGCCCUCGACGUCAAGUCGACCGACCUCGACCGUCACAUCGCCGAACACGACGUCGUAAUCUCGCUCGUUCCGUUUAUAUACCAUGUCGAUGCCAUAAGGUCGGCAAUCAAAGCCAAGAAACACGUAGUGACUACGAGCUACGUGUCCCCUGCUAUGCGUGAGCUUGACGACGCCGCAAAGGAGGCUGGCAUCACAGUCUUGAACGAGGUUGGCGUUGACCCUGGCGUCGAUCACUUGUACGCUAUCAAGACCAUUGGAGAGGUUCAUGACAAAGGAGGAAAGGUCAAGGAGUUCUACUCUUUCUGCGGCGGAAUCCCCGCCCCUGAAGCGGCCAAUGACAACCCUCUCCGAUUCAAGUUCUCCUGGUCUCCUCGUGGAGCCUUGCUAUCCCAGUAUAACUCGGCAACCUUCCUCCGCGAUGGAGAGGUGAUUGAGAUCUCCAACCAGGACCUGAUGGGCUCGGCCAAGCCGUAUCAUGUCUUGGAUGGAUACUCGUUUGUCGCCUAUCCAAACAGAAACUCGGUUCCCUUUCGUGAAGCCUACGGUAUACCAGAGGCUCACACCGUCAUCAGAGGGUCCCUUCGAUACGAAGGUAACCCUGCCAUGGUCAAGGCCCUUAUUGAUCUCGGAUGGAUCAGCUCGGAAGACAAGCCGUGGUUGAAGGAGGGGAUGACAUGGGCACAGAUUCAGCAAAAGGCAACCGGGGCUUCCUCGGCUGAAGAGAGUCAUCUCAUCGCCAAGGUCGACGAGCUUUGUAAUUUCUCUUCCGCAGAGGAGCGAGACAGGAUUCUGACUGGCCUUCGCUGGAUGGGCCUGUUCUCUGAUGAGGCUCCAACUGUGCAUGGCAACCUUCUUGAUACUCUUUCGGCACAGCUGGAGAAGCUGUGCAGCUUUAAGCGCGGCGAGCGUGACUUGGUGAUGCUCCAACACAAAUUUGUCGUUGAAUGGAAGGAUGGUACCCAGAACACCAUCACAUCCACUCUUGAGCUCUUUGGUGAUCCCAAUGGAGACUCAGCCAUGUCCAAGUCGGUUGGAGUCACGUGUGGGAUUGCUACGCAACUCCUUCUUGACGGACAUGCUCCUCUAAACAAGCCUGGUAUCUUGGCACCGUAUUCUCGUGAGAUUUGUGACUUGAUUCGGGUCAAAGUCGAGGAAGAGGGUAUAAAGUUGGUGGAACGGAUGGUUUAG